CGCUCGCGAAGAUAGGACCCUAAUAAACAAAUUAUUUCGUCUUGUGAAAUUUCGAGCGCUUGUACUUUGAACUCUUAAACCGUCAAGGCCAGGAUGACUGAUUGCAGUCUUUGCCAGUACGUUGGAUUAAUUGUUCGAUACUAUUUGUACGCAUGGCUGAUCGGAAUUGGAGUUUGGUUCCUGUUGAUUCUGGCCACCAAAGUAGGAGCCGAUGGAAAUAAGUUCAAAUACUACGCAAAGUAUGGAAUGAUCUAUUUUGCGACUCAAGCUUUCACCACGCUGUACGUACCAAUUUCUCUACUGAGACCUCGAAAUCCAGCUAACGCACGAAUAAUCUCCACUAUCGUGUCGCACGCGUCGUCUCUUCUACCGAUUACGUGGGAGUUGCGAAAUGCUAAAAUCUUGAAAGAGGCCAAAGGAGCAGUAGUAAUGGCCAAUCAUCAGACAUCGAUGGAUAUUUUGGGUCUCAUGACACUCUGGAGCACCCUGCGGAAUGUAGUUUCGAUCGCGAAAAAGGAGAUGUUCUUCAUUUUACCCUUCGGUCCGGCAGUUUGGUUGGCCGGGAUAACCUUCAUCAAUCGUCAGAAUCGGACAUCCGCCAUGAAAACGUUGGACGGUUGCAAACGUCUGAUGACCGAGAAGGGUUACAAAAUGUAUCUCUAUCCGGAGGGAACCCGUUAUCCGGAGAGGGGGAUGUUACCGUUUAAGAAGGGUGGUUUCCACACGGCCAUUCAGGCAGGUGUCCCCAUUAUUCCGGUGGUGUUCUCCCAUAUGUACUUUAUCGAAUCGAAGAAGUACAUCUUCAAACCGGGUCACGUGAUAAUCAACGUUUUGGAACCGAUACCGACCAAGGGCAUAACUAAGGAUAACUUGAAUGAUCUGAUUACGCGUACCCGGGAUGUUAUGCUGAGUGAGUAUGAGAAACUGUCAGCCGAGAUGGAUGCCAACCUGGUCGACCCGAAAUGGCUGCGGAGUGAGCGUCCAAGGUUAGCUAUUUACGAUGGUGAUAAAAAAUCAAACUAAAUAAAUCAGUUUUGCUAUAUGUAAUCAGUUGAUAGAUAACUGCAUUGCCAGUGUUCUGGAUUUUUUGUUGGCUUUGCUUUGUAAUUUGGUGCUUAUCACCGCCUAAUUUAAUCGUGUCUUUGAAACGAAAUGGACUGAUAGGGAACAUAAAAGAUAAUACGAUACUAACCGAAUAAUCAACCGAACUAAGCGAUUUGAGUAAUGUGGAAUUUCAAUAGAA